CCAUUGACAAGUCCCAACCCCACAAAACCGAGGACGACUAUCUGCGUCAUCUGAGUUCGGAUAGCAACACAUCGAGUGCCGGCAGAGAUAACAGUGACCAGCAAUACACACACACGAACGCACAUGCACACACACAUAAACAUGCACAUGCACACAAACAUGCACAUAAACACACACCUAAACAAACGAGUAGUGGCAGUACCGUGAGUAGCCGUAAUACUCCUGUGGGUGGUAAGUUUGGCAGACGAUCGAUGAAGAAGAGCCACAAGAAUGAGAAUGGUAUGCACGUAUUGAGUCAUGUGGCGAGUGUGAUUGUGUUAUUGAGAGCUAUUACACACAAUGAAUAA